AUGGGGAUAAAAUUCAGAAAGGAAAACACAAUGCUGGGGUGCUUGGGUAUACAGGCAGGAAACCAGAAAGCAAAGUGGCUGUAUGAAUCAAAUGGUGGGGAAAUGCUUUUUGCCAAAGCUUCAAUUUCUGCAACAAAAAGGGGGAAAGGAGCAUACUUUCAAAGAACAAUGGGGGAAUGUUUUAAUGGGAAUGGAUUGAAAAGAUACAGCCAUAUAGGUUCCAUUUGGUUGCUGAGAAAAUGUAGGAAAAGAAAAUAAAUGGGAAUUCUAAAUCAAAAUUGUUGAGGCCUCACGUCCCUAUGAUUCACGUAAUUGCCAAAUGGACGCACGCUCUCAAUCAAGAUUGAGUUCUGGUUCAGUCAUCCCUGCAAAAGGUGUCCGGACACACCCUCCGAUGGUUUUGUCAACCAUGGAUAGAGAGAUUAAUCAAUUGGCCUUUUACUAGGAAAAACAAGCUUACCUUCCUCCUUGUGUGAAGGUCCUUAUAUAUAGUAUCAGAAGCUCUGUCUCCCUCUUUAAUGGUAGGAAAACUUUUUGGCUUGUCAUGAUGUCUCUAGGCGGUGGCAAGACCAUCAUCACCCUACGGGCGGCUGACAGAGAUCGUGAGAGGUGUCGUGGCUGUCAGAGAUCGUGGGAAGUGACUUGCCAUCAUUCCUGUCCUUUCGCUCUGCAGGCGGCGAAACGUGGGCCGUGACAGGCUGUCGGAAUGACGUAGUAAGACUUGCUUACUUUAGUCAACGAUCCGGACAAACAUAUCCGAAUAGGAUAUGUCGGUCGUUCGGAUGUGAUAUGACGGUCGUCCGGAUGUGAUGUUUGCGAGUGUCGUGUGCCUCUCCUUGAGGGAGUCCGAAUAGGGGAGACGCGCCACGUGUCCUCUUGGGAAGAUCCGGAUGGAGCUGAUCCGGAUAAAAAUGCGUGUCACGUGUCAUCAAGGGGAGGGGUCCCUAUAAAAACGUGGGAAAAAUAAAAUUAAAAGGGAACUAGCUCUUCGUACGACAUCGUGUAAUUUUCUCCGUUUUCUUUUUCUCUGCUUUGCAAACGACACCGUUUGAUACUCUCCGUUUUGUCUCAAAAAAUGAAUAUAAUGAAUGUUUUUAUUUUCCUGAAAUUGAAAAUUUUCAGAAUUUAUUAUUGAGAAAAAAUAAAUGCCUUUUAAGUUUUGAGAAUGAGAAAAAAAAAAAAAAGUGAGAAAAAAAAAAUGGGGAAACGUAAAACCCCAGAGCGCUGACCACCGUGUCACUAAACCCUAGAGCACUACUGACCUCUCUCGCUGGAGUAAGUGGCAAAACUAUGGCCAACAGACGAUGCCUUCGAACCCUGACCCUAACCCUAACUCGCCAUGACUCAGCCGUCUUCUCCUCAACCCCAUUCCUCCAACCACCACCACCAUCGUCAUCCCUCAAAACCGUAAACCACCAGCACCUCCACACCCUUCCCCUCCCCUCAAAACCUUCUCACAUUCUCCGCAUCCCACAACCCACUUGGCCCCCACAUCCUCGCCACUUCUCCUCCCACUCCGGAGACGACGAAGACGAAGACGAAGACGAAGACGAGGAGGAGGACGAUGAUGAAGAAAUGGGCGAGAGCAGUGAUAGUGAAAAGGUUUCGGCGUCGAAUCGUGUGUAUUCGGCGGAGGAUAAAGAACGCGAGUCGGCCGCUAUUGGGUAUAAAGUGGUGGGGCCUCUCCAGCCUUCUGAUCGGGUUUUUAAACCCUACGAGCCGGUCUUCGCUGUUGUGCAGAUUGGUUCGCACCAGUUCAAGGUGAGCAACGGAGAUUGCAUUUAUACGGAGAGGUUGAAAUUCUGCGAGGUCAAUGACAGGUUGAUCUUGAACAGGGUUCUCCUGAUUGGCUCAACUAGUCAGACCAUUGUUGGUAGGCCGACAUUACCAGAUGUGGCUGUUCAUGCAGUUGUUGAGGAACAUGCAUUGGAUGCAAAGGUAAUCAUAUUUAAGAAAAAAAGAAGAAAAAAUUACCGUAGAACCAAAGGACACCGUCAGGAAUUGACCAGAUUGAGAAUAACUGAUAUUCAAGGAAUUGAGAAACCAGAAAUUCCAGAGGUCGGGAAGUCUGAAAAGGCUGCUCUUAAGAAGCCACAAAAGGUUGCAGUUGCAGCUUAGUGGGGGAUUUUCCUCAUGGUUACAUAUGAUCAAUAAUGGCUUUUCAUGCUUAUAUACCUUUCAAGUUAUGACUUUAAGGUGUUAUAUAAGUGAGAAUGAUCUCAUUUUUAACUUGGUUAAUGUACAUUUUGAAUGUCAUAUCUGGCAUUAUGUCAUCCAACCAUUCUAGUGUUGUAGGAUUGAUAUAUUGGAUCAUUUGAAUUUGUAUUUAUUAGUUUUAACUUGUGACACCUUUAAGUAACAUCAUUCUUUUGUUCCUAGUGAGAAGAUUUCCAGAUUUUGAAAUAUAACCUCCCUUUGCUUC